AAGCUCUAAUGGAUCAGGAAGACAAAAAAGGGCUCUAAGCCUGGGUCACUAGUGGAUUGCAGCCUGUAAUGGGUUAACUUGUUCCAGUUAGAUGAGGAGAUGGGAGGGGACUGGCACUCUGACGUCACUGCUGAAAGAGAAACUAAAAGGAGGAUAAGAGACACAUGUUUUUACUUUCUUUUACAGUUCUGAGAGAUUUAGAAAAACCAACACACUCCAGACAUGGCUUCUGCUGCUAGUAGUAUGACUGCUGAGGAUAAUUUUCUUUGUUCCAUCUGUCUGGAUGUGUUCACUAAACCCGUGUCGAUUCCCUGUGGGCACAACUUCUGUCUUGGCUGCAUCACAGCCCACUGGGACAUUAAGAACACUGUACUCCAAUGUCCGCUGUGCAACGAGAAAUACGUCAACAGGCCAAUGCUUCAGGUUAACACUUUGAUUGCUGAGAUGGCCGCGAAGGUCAAGAAAUCUGCUCAAGAAAGAGCGCAGAAAGAUUGCGGUUCCCCUGAAAAAGUAGGAAAUGGAGACGUGCUCUGUGAUCGGUGCCCAGGGGCGAAGCAAGCAGCCGUCAAGUCCUGCUUAGUGUGCUUCAUGUCUUUCUGUGCGACACAUCUGGAGCCUCAUCAGAGGAUUCCAGCCAUGAAAAGACACAAGCUGAUCCACCCGGUGGAGAACCUGGAGGGCAGGAUGUGCAAGACGCACGACGAGCCUUUGGAGCUGUUUUGCAGGGUGGAUCAGAUGUUCGCGUGCGAGUCCUGUAAAGAUGGUGACCAUAAAACCCACAAGAUGGUGAGUCUGGAGGAGGAGGCCGAAAUGAGGAAGACCCAGCUGGGAAUAGAAAAGAAAGGCUCGGAUCAGAUGAUCCAGGCGCGUCAGCAGAAAAUCCGUGAGAUCCAAGACUCAGUGGAGGCCAGCAGAAAUAAUGUGGCGAAGGGCCUGUCGUACAGCGAGCACGCGAUGACUGCUGUGGCGGACUACAUUAAGAGGAGCCAAGCAGAGCUGGCUGAGGUAAUUGAGACGAAGCAUAAAAACAUUGAAACAGAGAGACAAGGCUUCAUUAAAGAACUGGAGGAAGAAAUUAUGCAAAUAAAGCAAAAAAAGGGGCAGCUUUAUCAGGUCGCACUCACCAACGACGCCUUGGUUUUCCUUGAGAAAUUCCUGACUCUCACCUUCACUCAGCCCCAGGUUAAGGACUGGUCCCAAGUGACUCUUAACAGUGAUGUGUUCACCGAGCAGGACGCCGUGGCCGCGCUGAUGACAACAGUGAUGAGAGAAAUAAGGAUGCUGUGUGAUCCUGACUUGAAAGAAAUGCGGCGGCACGCUGUGGAUGUGACUCUGGAUCCCGACACAGCGAACCCUCUUCUCAACGUUUCUUCGGAUGGGAAACAAGUCACGUAUGGAGAUAAAAAGAAGAAUCUCCCACACAAACCAGAGCGGUUUGAACAAGUCCUUAACGUCCUUGCAAAGGAGGGUUUCACCAGGGGAAAAUUCUACUACGAGGUCCAGGUUAAAGACAAAACAAACUGGGAUUUAGGAGUGGUAAACCAGUCCAUCAACAGGAAUGGCGAUAUAAGAUUGAGCCCCACGAAUGGAUACUGGACUAUUUGGCUGAGAAAGGGGAAUGAGUUGACAGCCAACGCCGGCCCUGCCGUUAACCUCCGCGUGAGGGAGAUGCCUCAGAAGGUCGGGGUGUUUGUUGAUUACGAGGCGGCUCAAGUUUCCUUCUACGACGCCGACACCAGGGCUUGCAUCUUCUCCUUCACCGGAUGCAAGUUCACCGAGAAGCUCUUUCCGUUCUUCAGCCCCUGCUCUAACGACAGUGACAAAAACUCAGCCCCCUUGAUCAUCACGCCUGUCACACACAACAGCUGAG